AUGAAAGAGAGUAGGGUGAAACCUGAUCAUAUAACAUUUGUUGCGAUCCUAAGUGCAUGUAGCCAUAUUGGCUUGCUAGAGGAAGGAUGCAGGUUUCUGAAAUCUAUGGAAUCAGAAUAUGGGAUUCCACCGAGAAUGGAGCAUUAUGCCUGUGGGGUUGAUCUAUAUGGGCGUGCUGGGUGUCUCAGUGAGGCAAAAGCUUUGAUUGAGGCAAUGCCUUUUGAACCUGAUGCAAUGGUAUGGAAGACUUUACUUGGGGCCUGUAGGAUUUGUGGUGACAUUGAAUUAGCUACUCAGGUAGCAAGCCUUUUGCUAGAGAUAGAGCCUGAAGAGCACUGCACUUAUGUUCUUCUCUCGAACAUGUAUGGGCGUCUUAGGCUGUGGGAUGCAAAGGCUAGCGUGACCAGGCUUAUGAGAGAAAAUGGGGUGAAAAAAGUCCCUGGUUGGAGUUGGAUGGAAGUUCACAAUGAGGUGCAUGCUUUUAAUGCAGAAGAUCAUUCCCACUCCCAUUGUGAAGAGAUAUACCUUGCAUUGGGUGGACUAAUGGAGGAAAUCAAGAGCUUGGGCUUUGUUACUAGUUCAAAGGUUUUGAUGCAUGAUGUUGAUCACGUGGAUGAGUGUAUUGAUUCAACACUUUGUUUGGGUUAG